UUGACACCGCUGACUGACAGCGGCUCGGCCGCGUACGGAGAAGCCGAACGAACCAACGAAGGAAAGGCGUUGCGAUUACGUCAUUUACUAACAGCCAAUCGCAGUGAGCCAAAGGCGGCUCCUGGAAUCACUGUUGUGCUUCCAACGUGGGACUCCACUAACCGACUCGAGAGGGGGCGGGGGGGUAGAGGAAAAGUAAGCCAGAGGACAAAACUCCGAGUGGCGAACCGUACACGGUCAAAAGGAGGGGGGCUCUUCUUUUUUUUUAUUACCCCGAAUUGUUUAGUUUUGUGACUACAGCCCGCAGAAGACGAAUUGCUGAUCGGAUUCUCUAUCGGAGAGUUUGGAGGCGUCCCUUUCAAAGUUGGAUCGAAACAGCGCAGAGUGGAGAUUUCAACGCUCGGCUUCAGACCAACGCUGGAGUCGUUUUACCGUGGAAAAAAGUUUUGGGCUCAACUUUGAACUGCGAGGUGGACGUUAAGCUACGUGCGCAUCGGUCGUCGUUCAAGCGGCGUUCACUUUGCAACCUGUUUGCUCGAUCAAAUGUUUCCAGCGAGCUUGGCGCUCUGUGCCCUUUAAACGUCUUUUUUGGGGGUUGUUGGACGUUAGCAAACGUAGCGCACAAGUUGCUGGGCACACCGAAAAUGUAGCGUCAAAUGUUACAUCAACGUUGAAAAUUUGUUCCAUCAAAUCGGUAGUGGAGGAUUGCUGUUUUUUCUGGCCAAACUGUGAAUCACCUUUGAUUCGACACGCGCGUCGGACAUCGAAAGAGAUAAAGCUGGACCUCCGUCCUAAAUGACUUUUUCCCCCCCCAUCAAACCACCGAUGUCUUUGCUAUCGUUCAAAGGCAACUUGCAACAUGCUUUAAAGUGCAUCUGAUUGUUCCGGUACUGCACUAACAUUGCCGUUUGCUGGUUCUGGGGGGAGAACUCGGCGGCGAAAGCUGGAUACAAAAUGGCGGUGUCCCCGGGACCUUUUGGAUACGCUUCUCGUUGCCUUUUCUACUUGUUUUUUUCACUGCGACUUUUGAACAGUCACGGAUUGACUUCCGAGUGGCAGUGUGCCCACAACUGUACCUGCCAUGGCGAUUCGGUGGACUGCAGUCAUCUGGAGCAAGCGGCGGCGGCGCCGCCUGGAGACCUGCCCGCCGGGACCAUUUCCUUAAAUCUCGGCCACAGCAAGCUGACCGACAUCGGCGCAGACGUGUUUGCCAACCUGUCAAAUCUACGAGAGUUGCGGCUGGACCACAACGAGCUGACCUCCAUCCCGGAUUUAGGACGGGCGGCUUCCAAGAUGGCGGCGCUCUACUUACACCAUAACAAGAUCCGCAGUAUUGAGGGGAUGCGGAUGGGAAGCUUGCUCUCCUUGGAAACUUUGGACCUCAGCAAUAAUGACAUCACCGAACUACGAGGACGCUCCUUUCCCGCGGGACUCCGGAUUCGAGAUUUGUACCUAAGCAACAACAAGAUCGGCGCGUUGGAGCCGGGCGCACUGGACCAUCUGGGCCCCACGCUGCAGGUCCUGCGAUUGGGCCGAAACCGGCUCGCUCAGAUUCCCGUCAGGGCCUUCCAGCUCCCGAGGCUCACCCAGCUCGAACUCAACCGGAAUCGUAUCCGUCAGGUGGAGGGCUUGACUUUCCAGGGUCUCUCCAGCUUGGAGGCGCUGAAGCUCCAACGGAAUAGCAUCGGCAAGCUGACGGACGGGGCCUUCUGGGACCUCGCCAAGAUGAAAGUCCUCCACCUGGAGCACAACAGCCUGAGCGAGGUGAACGGCGGCUCCCUCUACGGGCUGACUUCUCUUCAGCAGCUCUUCCUCAGUAACAACUCCAUAACCCGCAUCAAUCCCGAUGGCUGGAAGUUCUGCCAGAAGCUGAGAGUGUUGAAUCUGUCGUAUAACAACCUGACUCGUCUGGACGAAGGCAGUCUGGCCGUGCUGGGCGAUCUCCACACACUGCGUCUGGGGCACAACUCAAUAAGCCACAUCGCCGAGGGAGCCUUCAGAGGCCUCAGGGCCGUACGCAUCCUGGAGCUGGACCAUAACGACAUCUCGGGCACAAUCGAGGACACCAACGGGGCCUUCUCUGGAUUGGAUAGCCUCAGCAAGCUAAGUCUCUUUGGAAACAAGAUCAAGUCCGUGGCGAAGAAAGCCUUCGCCGGCCUGGAGACCUUGGAACACCUGAACUUGGGCGAGAACGCCAUCCGCUCCAUCCAGGCGGACGCCUUCGGCAAGAUGAAGAACCUCAAAACGCUCCUCAUCCAGAGCCGCAGCUUCUUGUGCGACUGCCAGCUGGGCUGGCUGCCGGAGUGGCUGGCGAGCCGCGGCCUGCGGAGCGGCGUCAACGCCACCUGCGCCCACCCCGAGAGUCUGAAGGGUACCGCGCUCUUCCUGGCGCCACCCGGCGCUUUUGUGUGCGAUGACUUUCCCAAACCCCAAAUCACCGUUCAACCGGAAACCAUCGCGGCGGUCCUCGGCAGCAACGUGCGACUCACCUGCACGGCCGCCAGCAGCAGCUCGUCCCCCGUGACCUUCGCGUGGCGCAAGGACCAGGAGCCGCUGGCACGCGCCGAGACGGAGAACUACGCCCACGUGCGCGCUCGGCCCCAAGGCGCCGCCGCCGCAGGCGUGACGGAGUACACGACCAUCCUGCACCUGCGCCACGUCACCUUUGCGCACGAGGGCCGUUACCAGUGCGUCAUCACCAACCACUUUGGCUCCACCUACUCCAGCAAGGCCCGCCUCAUCGUCAACGUGCUGCCGUCUUUUGUGAAGACGCCCCGCGACAGCACCAUCCGAACGGGCCACACGGCCAGGCUGGAGUGCGCCGCCGAGGGCCACCCGGCGCCGCAGAUCGCCUGGCAGAAGGACGGCGGCACGGAUUUCCCCGCCGCCCGGGAGCGGCGGAUGCACGUCAUGCCCGACGACGACGUCUUCUUCAUCAUGGACGUCAAGCCCGACGACAUGGGCGUGUACAGCUGCACGGCCAAAAACACGGCGGGAACCGUUUCUGCCAACGCCACGCUCACUGUGCUCGAGACCCCCCACCUGGCCCAGGACCUGGAGGAUCGCAACGUGGCGGUGGGCGACACGGUGGCCCUGCAGUGCAAGGCGCUGGGCAGCCCGGCGCCCCGCAUCACGUGGCUUCACGACGACCGGCCCCUGCGCCCGUCCGAGCGCCAUCACUUCACCCCCGGCAACCAGCUGCUGGUCAUCGGCGCCGCCACGCUGGAGGACGCCGGCCGCUACACCUGCCUCAUGUCCAACCCGCUGGGCGCCGAGCGCGCUCACAGCCAGCUGCUGGUCACCCGCCGCCGCGGGCCCUGCGCCCCGCCGGCCGGCCUGAGCGCCGUCGCCGUGGGGGUGGUCGUCAUCGCCGUGGUGACCAGUAUCGUGCUCACCUCCCUGGUGUGGGUGUGCAUCAUCUACCAGACGAGGAAAAAGAGCGAGGAUUGCAGCGUCACCAACACGGACGAGACCAUGGUGCCUCCCGACGUGCCCAGCUACCUCUCCUCUCAGGGGACCUUGUCGGAGCGCCAGGACGGAUGUAUCCGCGCGGAGGCCGCCAGCGGACCUCGGCCCAACGGACGCGCCGCGGACUCCGCGGGCUUCGACGGUCCGGCGAUGUGCGCGGACUGUCUGGAGAGCGGCGAGCACUACUCCAGAGAUCCGGACUACCGGGCGCACGGCUUUGCCCCAUCGGGGCUUAGCGAGUAUCACCAGCACGUCGCCCCUCCGCCCUACUCGCGCCGUCACCCGGCGGAUGGCACGCCGCCCCUCUGCAACGGGAGCCGCGACGUGCGUCCGUGCCAUCGAGAAGGUCAAGAAGACGCGCGCGCGGCGCGGGAAGAUUCUUUUCACCCUCCGGUGAAGCUGACGAGCCGAGGACAUCUCGACGGUGACCGCGAGGCAGAGCUCAGGCGGACUCUGCUGCCUCGCCCGCCCGCGGCGCCCCCCCUUGAGGAGAGCCGCCGAGUCGCGGUGGACUCGCUUUAGCUGCGUGGACCUUUUUUUUGGGGGGGGGGGGGGGGUUCUUUCUUUGCACUGGGAAAUAAACUGCUACCUCAUAUCGAGGCCAGGCGCUUCCGAGCCUCGCGCGACUUGGAGCGCCGAGGAGGUUGAAGACGGACGGAGCUUGUGUGGGUGGCGUCCCAUCUGAGCGUAUGUGCUGUACAUAGUUUAAAAACCUUCUGUUGGGAGGUGACCGGUAAGAUUUUUAGCUCUGGAAAAAAAAAAAAAUGUGACUUGCAUUUGAAGCAAAUACAGUACAGCAGAAAGUAUUUGCCGCCUUCUCAAGUUCGUACUUUUGUUGCAUCGUUUACCCGAAUUUCGUAUUUAAGGUCCUCAAAAUUCACAAGACUUCUGGGUGAAUAUUAUGUGAACUGAUGAGCUGAAAUUGAAAUGAAAAAAAAACGAUGGGGGGUGUGUGUCUUGUUACAUCUGCCGCAAAAAGGAAGAAGAAAA